AUGGCCCUGCUGCCAGGCUGGCGGUUCAAACCAUCCGACGGCGAGCUUCUGGACUCCUUCCUCAGGAAGAUGAUCCUCGGUCAACCGCUUUCCUAUCACAGGAUCUUGGAGGCCGACGUCUACGGUGAUGACCCCAAGAACCUCACUGCUCGAUAUAACAUGGCUAAUAGGGACCGUGAGUGGUACUUUUUCACCUCCACCGCGCGAAAGCAUCCGGGUGCCAGCGACAGCAGCCGGGCGUCUCGCCGUGCAGGUGCGGGACGGUGGAAGGCCACCCAACGCAUCAAGACGGUGCUCGACUCCGACCACAACGUCUUGGGAUCCAAGCAGUGCUUCUGCUAUAUGGAAAGGUGCCCUUCCGGUGGAGAGACAAAGUCCAUAUGGCUUAUGGAGGAAUACUCCAUCCAUGACCUUCGAAGAAAAGCCGGUGCGUCUGCAAUAAGCGGCUUGAAUAGGCUGGAUGAGUGGGUUACAUGCAAGAUCUACCUGACACCAAAAGCUCGUAAAGCUCACAUGACAGAGGAGGAUCUACACGAAAUUCAACCAGUAGAAAGGGUUGCACAAAGAAGAAGGAUGGAAGUGCCACAAACGAUGAGUUCACUUUGCAUGCACCCUAGCCAGGACAUUGCCGCUCACUCCCAGAUUCUUCAGCUACUUGACGAUGAUCUACCACAGCUAGUUGAUAUGUCCGAUAUAACUAUUAAUGGCUGUUGCCCUACACAACAUGCUAGUGUGGAGCCAUCUAUUCCUAGUCAGGAUAUUGCUGAUUCCUUUCAGAUUCAUCAGCCGGCCGAUCAACGUUCUGAUCCAAUAGUGCCAGUGCCCGCGGAGAUGAUGAGUUCACUUUGCAUGCAUCCCAACCAGGAUAUUGUCGGUCACCGCCAGACUCUUCAACUAUCCGAUGAUGCUUUGCCACAGCUCAUUGAUGGUGGCUGUUCUCCUGCACAAUAUGCUAAUGGGGAGCCAUCUAUUCCUGGUCAGUAUAUUACUGAUUCCUUUAGAUUCAUCAGUCGGCCGACGACACCUUAUCGCAUCCUGAUCCAGCAGCGCUAG